GGAAUCAGAACCUAUUCUAGAUUGUAACGUUGAAAUUGCUACUGCCACACUAGAAAAUGAAGAGUCUAACCAACAAGGCAACCAGAUUAGACAAAACGAGAUUGACAAUUCAAACGUCUACCCAUUACUGGAUGACCGCUCUCUUCACGAUGACCUGCAAAAUCUUCCUGUAACCAGGUAAUGAAAGUCUUAUACACCGUCUGAAUUACAUUUCUUCCUCCAGGAAACAGGUUGGACUUUCGUUUACACAUGCGCCAGAAACCGCGUAAGCGUGGAGUGCACGUGAGCGCGGGUUAAUCGUGUGACUGAAUUCUUAAAACAAACACCAAAUUUGCCAAAACUACUCGUGUUAUGAAGUUGUUUUCUUGAUCCUUUAAUAUUUCUACGCUCACAAUUUUAGGCAUUUUCAACUUAGAAGUGUUUGCUUUGGAAUAAGAACGUGAAAGUAGAAAAAAACCUCAACCUCGUACCCAGGGUUUUCCCUCUUGAGGAGCGAAGACCCAGGUAGACGCUGGACACGUGAUCUGCUAAAAUCUAGCAGAUUUCUAAUUAACUGUAUUAGUUUUCUUUACGACAAUUAUACAAAAUGCAAAUUAUAAAUUAAACUAUCAAAAUAAUCCAAAUAUCAAAUGUUUAUUUUUAAAAAAAUCUAAAAAUCUGCUAGAUUUUAGCAGAUCACGUGACCAGCGUCUACCAGGGUCUUUCAUUUCGCCGUACAAAUAUACCUGUUUUAUAUGUAUAUCUUUUACGAAGUAAGAUUACAAGUGCAGCUUGACCUUAUUUAAAUUCGUACCUGCCCUAUUUUUGACUCUAUAAAAACUACUUUUAUCCAUGAAGAAACUAUUUGACUUUAAAAAUAAUCUGGAAUUAUGGUGGUGAUAUAGGCUAAUUUCUUUGCAAAUAGUGCCAAAUGUCUAAUGUACUUAGUUUCCUAAUUCACAUAUAUGUAGAAGCAUUCCUUCGCUCUGUAUUUAUUAUUUUUAAAUAUAAUACAAUUUAUUUAUGUCUUUCAGAGUUCUAAAAAUCAGAAGAGUAAAUAUCAUGCAAGACAUGAUUGAGAAUUUUAAAGAGAAAUCGAUUAUGCAGAUCCACGUCAAAGUCGUUAUGAUUAAUUCGUUCGGAAAAGAAGAGUUGGGCGUUGAUGAUGGCGGUGUCUUUCGUGACGCUCUUUCUGCCUUUUGGAGUUCGUUUUACGAUUCAUGCAUGGUUGGAGAGGAAGAAAGAGUGCCCGUAGUCAGACAUGAUUUUAAAGAAGAAGAAUGGGAGGCGAUAGCGCUAAUUCUAGUCAAGGGUUAA